CUUCCAGCCAGGUGUUUAGUUGUGAUAGGAAAAUGACCUUGUGGAUCAGCAGUCACACAGAGUUAGGCUGCAGUGAGAGGUUAACCUCUAUGAUACAUACAAAGGCGAGAGAGAGAGUCAGCAUGGAUAGAGGUCUCUUUGUCAUGGCAUAGAAGACUAAAAUAAUGAGUCGUUAUUUGAUGCACCUCCUUUUGUUCCCCACUCGUGUAAGUUUGUGCUUUCUCUCUUUACUCUACUGGAUCGUGGUCUACGGCACAGCUGCGAUCACGGCCUGUCUGGUCCUGAUCCGGAUUAUCUGGAAUGGAUUUUGGGACCCAUAUGGGACUUUUCAUUGGACUGUCCGCCAACGACCCCCAGCAUGUCUUCGGGACCCCGCACUGGGCAAACAUGCCUACUUAUACGGCAGGAGCUCAGGCUUGCGGUUUCACUAUGUGACAAAAGGAGACCACAGAAAACCCCUCAUGCUUUUCCUUCAUGGAUUCCCAGAAAACUGGUACUCUUGGCGUUAUCAGUUGGUGGAGUUUAGCAGGUGUUACCACACGGUGGCUCUAGAUCUGCGUGGCUGUGGGAACUCUGAUGCUCCCUCUCAGCUGGAGGACUACUCACUGGAGAAACUCUUAUAUGACAUCAGAGACACGAUUGAUGAGCUGGGACACACCAGCUGUAUACUGGUGGGCCAUGACUGGGGUGGUAUGCUUGCUUGGCACUUUGCCCUGGAGAGGCCGGACAUGGUCCAGCGUCUGGUCAUCAUGAAUGCUCCUCAUCCUGCCUCAUGGCUGGAUGCAGUUUUGAGACGGCCCUCUCAGCUCCUGCGUUCAGGCCACGCGUGCUUCUUCCAGCUUCCAUUCCUGCCUGAGAUUGCUCUCUCCUUAGAGGAUUUUAAGUUGGUGCGGAGUAUGCUCUGUGGAGGCCGUGUGGGGAUCAGAAACAGGGCAAGGAGGCUGACAGAAGCACAACUGGAGGGCUACCUGUACCGCCUGUCUCAGCCAGGAGCACUCACCGCCUCCCUCAACUACUACCGCUCUCUUCUCAGUAACACUUUGUAUAAGCAUCAGGACGUGGCAGUGACCUGUAUGUUGAUUUGGGGAGAAGAAGAUAACAUAUUGGUGGAAGGGAUGUCUGGUGGGACGCGGCCUUACGUUAGAGGCCCUGUCGUCGUUCAUACAAUCCCGGACUGCAGUCACUGGGUACAGCAGGAUCAGCCGGAGGUGGUCAACAAUCUACUGUGGGACUUCCUUAUGGACAGAGAUAGUAUAUCAAACCACACAACACAUAGGCUCUUCUCUAACGCCUCUGCAUCAGGAGCAUUAAACGGUGACUCCAGGAAUCUGUGACUCUAGCUUUGACUCCUAUUUGUGCAUUAUUAAAGCAAUAAGCCAUGAGAGGCUGUGCAUUACAGUGAUUUUAUAAUUCCCACAGGUAAGGGUGUUAUUAGGCAUGACGCAAAGUGGAGUAAAAUCCCCUUACCCUUGAUAAAAGCACUGUAAUGCACAGCCUCAAGCGGCUUAUUGCUUUUAUGAAAUGGUGGACAACAUAAAAUGUAAUGAGAUAUACAAAUUUUCAAGUUAUUAACAAUAAUAAUCAAUACAAACAACUAAUCCACCAAAACAUGUAGUUAAUCUACAGUAUGUUAUUGUUGCACAAUCAACUAUGCACUGCUGAAAGAAGACAAGAAUGUUCAGUUGCCCAUCAUUGUGUACUGCAGUCAUUUCAUUAACUUUCAACUUUUUGUUGUAUAAUAAUAAAUUUAUCCUAACACAGCACUGUUUAAUGCAUAAACCUUCGCUUUACAAGUAUUUUCUCUUAUAAAUUACCUCUGUGACGACAAUGCUAAUUUCCGUUAGUGCCUCUAUGAGCUUUCCAGUCUUAUUUAGCACCAAGCUAACCCUGUUGUGCAUCACUUUUCCCAUACUAUAGCUGAAUCUUAAAUCGCUCCCUACUCCCUUCACAGUACAAUAUGUAGGAAAUAAAAUACUGGCUCCCGCACUCAAGCAGUGCUCUAUGUAUCUAAUAAAUAGUCAUUUGGGAUUCAGCCACUUGUAUAAUUUCAUAGCCAUAGGAGUUGUUUAGCCUGUAUGUAUGAUAUGAAUGUGUGUUUAUAUAUAUGUAUAUGUAAAUAUGCUCAGCCAGCAUUUUAUAAUACCAGAUAGAGUUGUUUACGGGUGUAUCUUUAUCUAUGAAGGACUUUGGACUUGGCCAUGCUUCUGGCCAGGUCUUUAUUUAUCAUUUGUACACAGUAAAUCUUUGACCUCACAACAGUUCUGUCACCGUUGUUUAGGAAAUGAUCUAUGAAUCUCAAACCACCAUGAAAUCGUAAAUAAUGCAAUCUCAAAUUUCACCACAAACUGAUUUGAUACUAAUUAUAUUGACAUAUUUCAGAAUAGUUAAAAAACAUAUUUUUUAUACUUGUUUGUAAUUUAUGUAGUUCUAUGCAUCAGAAUAGUAAUUUUUCAACCUCUUUUUUCCAUUUAAAUGAAACAUUACUGUGCCUUUAAGACUGGUACAUGUAACUGAUUCUGUUUCUGAUUGGCUGCCCUGUAUUCAAAAAGCUGUCAUGGGUCUUAUCAGAUUAAUGUGAAGUGGUGAGUUAAUCUGCUGUAGGCUGAGUAGGCAGAUACGUGUAAAUGCUUGGAUUUGACAAAACUAAUGAUCGUUUCCAUAUAUAGGCUGGAGAGUGAGUGGUGCAUUGCUUAUACGUUUGUUCCUCAUAUCAAAAUUAUUAGUAGCACAUUAGAUAUUGAUGGUUUUGAUAAAGACAAGCAUUUAACAUAUAUUAAUCCUGUUCGCCUUACUGUUCUCACCGAAUUCACAGACGUGUCUGCGUUGAGAAUUAUGCCUGGUUUUCAUUUGACCUGUAACUGAUACUGUAAUGACACAUCAUAUGUCCUCACAGAGGUCAUUAAGCACCAUAACCUCUGCCUAGUAUCACAUACAAGAACUGAAAAUGAAUGAAAUGAGUCAGGUUUUGGAGGAGGACUAGGCCUGAAGCUCAUCCUCCUUCCAAUUUAACAUGCUAUAAAUUACCAUAUUUAUCUUCUGUUUGCUGUGCUGAAGUUUUCACAUCACAUCUCCUCCCUGUUCCUCAGUCCUGUCCCUCAGCCCUACCUCUUCUCAUCAAAAAUAUAGGUCUGUCCUUCUCAUUUAAAGAGGAAUUCCACUGAUUUUUCAAAAUAAAAAAAACUGCAUAAUUAUAUGGUUAAGAUUAAGAUAUAGACAAAGUCAUUCAGAGUACUUAGUUGUGAAAUUCUCUGUUCUAGAGGAACUUACCUGAUUAGAAUUGUUCACAGUGGUGGUGAUAGGAACCAGAUGUCUGAAGAGUUUAAAGCCUCUAAAAUCUCCCUCACAGAUGUUACUUUGUGCUAGUUUUCAGAUCAGCUUUUGACCUAAAGUAUUAUAGGUGGAGAGGUACAUUCAGGGAGGUGUAACUCUUGCGAGAAAGAAGCAUUCUUAAUUACAGGGCCAGAGUGGGACUCGGCCUCAGGGUAAGGUGGACUCGGAAACUGUUCUCAAGACCAGCUGAGUGCACUGCCUCCACAGAAUAAAACAGUCUUUUCUCUACAUGUUUAAAUAAAAUCUGUUCUGCCGGUUGAGAAUGUAAUUGAUCUUUCUAUGAUGGCUUAACUGGGCAUAGUUUGUUUGUUGAUGUUUAUUGGUUCCAAAACUCAAACAUCUCC